GAGCGUGUGGCCAGGCAUCUUCUCCUUCACGCUUUCGCUGUACCACCACCACCGCUGCUAGUGCUCGCGCGCUCUCCUGCUGCUGCUAGAAGCUUCUGGAAUCUGGAGCCGAGCCGAUGCCAUGGCGGCGCUCGUGCGGCCCGCCGUGCUGCCCGUCUGCGCCAUGACGGGCGGCGGCGGUAACGACAAGCGGUCGCCGCCGCAGCAGCGGUCGUGGUGGGGCGGGAACAAGCAGAGAUUGCCGCACCAGCCGCGGCGGCAGCCGGGCGGGAAUGGUGGCCGAGGAGGAGGAGGAGGGGCGCUGGACCAGGUGCUCGGAGUGCUCCGCCGCGACGGCGAGUUCCUCCAGGCGGCAGCCGGCGCCCCCCUCCGCGACAUCUUCUGGCUCCGCUUCCUCGAGAAGAAGAAGCAGCAGCGGCGGCGGAAGCAACCAAAACCUAAACCCAAACCUCCGGAGCAGCAGCAGCAGCAAGAGGAAGCGGCGGCGGCUAUCCAAGCCCCAUCCUUCCCACCUCCCUCCUACCAGCCAGGAUUAUCAUGCCUGGAUCUUAUGACUGCUGAUUUCGAAGCCCUGAAGCUGUAUAUCGGCUACUCGAAGCAUGCAAUCGAGCAGCAAUUUCUCAAAGGCAAGCGGCAACCUCAGCAUCAGCAAACUCCUAAACCAAAACUCCAGCAACAGCAGCAGCAGCAGAAGAAGAAGCAGCAGCAACAAGAGCAGCAGAAUCAGACACUUCAACCUCCGGCCUUCCCUCCCCCAUCGUACCCUCCAGGGCUGUCUUGUAUGGAGCUGAUGAUGGCUGAUAUCGAAGCUCUCAAGUUGUACAUCAACUACUAUGUAGCCAUUCUCACCACUCCUCUACCCCAGCAUUACGAUCCGGAGAUACUGUCCCGUUACUUCACCUCGCGUCCUCAUAUUCUCGCAUUUCGCACCAUUCAGAUAAUCUUCGCAUUUGUCUCGGCUGCAGUAAAGAUGCAAAUUUCUAAAAGAACAAACUUGAUCACAGAUGCCACCUACAGCUGUAAUAGCACCGGAAGCAAAGGUUUCAAUGCUUCACAAUACAUGGUUGGCCAGCUUCUCAAAGAGACAUUUCUAGAUCUUGGGCCUACUUUUGUUAAAGUUGGACAGUCCCUCUCAACAAGGCCUGAUAUCACAGGCUCGGAGAUUUCUGAGGCACUCGCCGAGUUACAUGAAAAGGUUCCUCCCUUCCCGAGAAAAGAUGCAAUGAAGAUUAUUGAGGGAGAAUUUGAGCUCCCUGUAUCACACAUUUUCAGUUACAUUUCUGAUGAGCCUGUUGCUGCAGCUUCCUUUGGACAGGUUUAUCAGGGACGUACAGUUGAUGGUGCUCUUGUGGCCAUAAAGGUUCAACGGCCUAACCUUCUUCCUUCAGUAUUGAGGGACAUUUAUAUUCUACGGCUUGGGCUUUCUUUUGUGAGGAAGGUAGCAAAGAGGAAAAGCAACAUUGCCCUCUAUGCUGAUGAGUUGGGUAAAGGUUUGGUUGGCGAGUUGGACUACAAUAUUGAAGCUGCUAAUGCUACCAAAUUCCUGGAAUAUCAUUCCAGAUAUUCAUUUAUGCUGGUUCCAAAGGUUCUCAAGCAACUUACGAGGAGAAGAGUUUUGACAAUGGAGUGGGUAUCUGGUGAAAAUCCCACAGAUUUGCUUUCCUUAUCUAAAGGAAUUUCAUCAGAAAUUGCUGAAUCGUCAGAGAAGCAGAAGAUCGAAGCAACAGCCCGUCUUCUUGACCUGGUCAACAAAGGUGUCGAAGCAUCAUUAGUGCAGCUCCUCGAGACUGGUUUGUUGCAUGCUGAUCCUCAUCCUGGGAAUUUGCGUUAUACACCUGAAGGUCGUGUCGGGUUUCUUGAUUUUGGUUUGCUUUGUAUGAUGGAGAAGAAACAUCAGCAUGCUAUGCUUGCAAGUAUCGUUCACAUAGUAAAUGGAGAUUGGGCUUCUCUUGUUUAUGAUUUGACUGCAAUGGAUGUUGUUCCACCAAGAACUAAUCUACGCCGAGUGACAAUGGACUUGGAGGAUGCGUUGGGUGAGGUGACCUUUGAAGAUGGAAUUCCAGAUAUCAAGUUUAGCAGGGUGCUUGGAAAAAUAUGGUCUGUGGCAUUUAAAUACCACUUCCGUAUGCCGCCGUACUACACGCUCGUCCUGAGGUCACUUGCCUCUUUGGAAGGGCUGGCCAUUGCAGCAGAUGGAACUUUUAAAACAUUUCAAGCAGCAUAUCCAUAUGUUGUGCGGAAGCUUCUAUCGGAUAAUUCAGUUGCAACAAGGAGACUCUUGCAUCAGGCUAUUUUCAACAAAAGGAAAGAGUUUCAGUGGAACAAGAUUACAGUAUUUCUAAAAUUAGCAUCAGCAAGGGGUAACUUCAGGUAUAAUACUGGCGUUUUGCCUGAGAGGAAGGGUUUGGAUGUUGCAAAACUUGUAGAGAUCAGUGAUGCAUCUUCUUCACUCCAUCUUAACCGUGCUACACCAGAAAGAGCACUACAUACUGCAAAUCUGUGCUUGCGGCUUUUACUAUCGAAGGAGAGCAUUGUGAUAAGGAGACUUGUAAUGACAGCGAACGCGAAGUCACUUGCUCGUGACCUGAUCUCCAAAGAUGCAUCGAUUUACCGGGUGCUCUUAAGUCGGGUACUUGCCGAUGUCAUCUUCCAGUGGAUGGUGAAGGCAACUGGUUUUAAACGAGCCGGACAGCUCGAGCCUCACCCACGCGUGACAGCAGGAAAGAACGAUGAAGACCUGGGGCUGUCCAAAGAAGCACCAGCCUUGGUGACAUUCCAGACAGCAGUAAGAGAUCGCAGGCUGAAGGUGAUAUUCUCCAAGUUCGUCAGGGACAUAAGAGAGGACCCCAUCCUGAUGGUCAGAGUGAGCUGGAACAUGUUUGCUAUCUCGGUGGUCUCCGCUGCAAUUGGCGUUCACCGUUUCAUCGUCGUCUUGUCGGAGGAAUUUCUGUCUACAUUACCACCGCCUGUGCCUCCGCCGCGGCUAGUUCAGAUUCAGAGCAUAUGAAGAGCAGCAACUAUGCCUUGGUGCAUGAAGUAACUUUUUUACUGGGUAUCCCGUAGCUGUAUAUAAACGUUUUCAGGAGCAGAAUCAGCCAUCCUGUAGCUGACAGUAGCUCGAUCAGAGUUCUCCAUGGCUAGUUCUCCGUAAAUUUGUCUUCUACUAUUACAGGCUUCCUUUGAAAAGGGAAUUUUGUGGGAAUUAAACUGAUUUUUGUGAAAGUACUGUAAAAUUCUUGUCA